AUGAAGAUAAAUCUUCCCUUCAUCACCAAAGGAGUGCUCUUCUUCUUCUUCUCCUUCGCAAAAAUCAACAACGCCCUCCUCCUCGCCUCAGAAUCCUCCACACGCCUCACCCUCUCCAACGACCGUCUAACCGCAUCCGUCAACAAAUCCGACGGCACAAUCGACCUCCUCACCCUCGACAAUCAAGACCUCCUCGGCCCCCGCAACGCCAGUAUCGGAAUCGGUCCCUAUCUCGACUGCUACUGCAUCCCCUCCGGAUUCUACACUCCCGGUUCCAUCGCCGCGCAAUAUUCUCUCCUCAACGGCACCGACUCGACAGGCAUUUCCUGGGGAGGAAUUAUUCUGCACGAAAUUUACCCUCCAACAGGCCAAAUUUUCGAACAAUAUUGGUUUCUUCGCGAUGGCGAAACGGGUUUACACAUGUGGUCUCGCGUCGCAUAUUUCAAUUCUUCAACCCCAGUUCUACGCAAUUUGCAAGAAUUGAGAACGCUAUUUCGACCGAAUUCGAAUUUGUGGACGCAUCUUUCUACCAAUGCAGAGCAAUUCGCUCCUUUACCAUACCACAAUCCUGCCGCGGGUUCAACGGGAAAUGCGACGACAGUACAAGAUGCCACGUGGAAAAUUAAUAAUGCAUCGGAUCCUUAUGUUCAGCAAGAAAGUGAUUAUUUUACCAAAUAUACUUUCUCGGAUGUUUGGCGGGAACAUACUGCUCAUGGGCUGUUUGCGGAUGGAUCUACCUCUGCGGAUAAAAGUACGUGGGGUGCGUGGUUUGUGAUGAAUAGCCGGGAUACGUAUUUUGGGGGUCCGACGCAUUCGGAUUUGACGGUGGAUGGAAUCGUGUAUAAUUAUAUUGUGUCGAAUCAUCAUGGAGCGCAGACGCCGAAUAUUACGGAUGGGUUUGAUCGGACUUUUGGGCCGGGGUUUUAUUAUUUUAAUCGGGGAUUGCCUGGGACUUCGUUGGAGGAGUCGAGGAGAGAUGCUGAGAGAUUUGUUGUUGUUGAGGAUGAGGGGGCGUUUGCGAAGGAGUUUUAUGAAAGUGUGGCGGAAUUUGUUACGGGGUAUAUCCCGCAUUCGAAGAGAGGUUCGUGGAGUGGAAUUGUCAAGUUACCCAUGGGAGCGGAGAAGCCGAUUGCGAUUUUAUCCGUCAGUGGGAUGGAUUAUCAGGAUAACGCGCAAGACGUUCACGCCUUUCAAUACUGGGCGGAUAUCGACCCCCUCACAGGAGAAGUCGCAGUAGAUGGAGUCGUAGCAGGAACCUACCGUUUAACGAUUUACGCCAGAGGAAUUUUCGGCUUCUACGCACAAGACGACAUUCUCAUCAACUCUGGAUCCCACACUUUCACCUCCGUCACAUGGGAGCAAGAAUCCGCCGCCGCCGCCGCAACAGGAGAAGCAGGAGAAUCAGAAGAACUCUGGCGCAUCGGCAUCCCCGACCAAUCCUCGGGAGAAUUCCUCCACGGCUACGCUCGCGAUCCCACACAUCCUCUCCAUCCCGCCGAACACCGCAUCUACUGGGCCGUCUACGAUUUUCUCCAAGAUUUCCCUCACGGCGUCAAUUUCACCAUUGGCACGUCCGACUUUUCGCAGGAUUUCAAUUAUGUGCACUGGAGCGUGUUUGGCGGUCGAGGAAAUUCUCUGCGUCCGGAACCGGUGUGGGGGGAUGGGAAUGUGAAUAAUUGGACGCUGGGGUUUGAUUUGGGUGAUGCUGGUGCUGUGGAGGCGAAAUGUCGGAAUCGCACUCUGGGGGUUUUUACGGUGCAGUUGGCGGCCGCGAAGACUGCGGCGGGGAAUACGGAUGUGUUUAAUGAGACGCAGAAGUAUUCGGAUUUGCCGUUUGUCGUUGGGGUGAAUGGGGUGGAUUUGGAGCCUUGGAUUAUACCAUACUACCACAGCAGUUCCUGCGCCGUACGAUCUGCCGUGAUUUGCUAUAAUCUCGCACACAAGUUUGUUUUCGAUAUUGGAUUGUUGAAACAGGGACGUAAUGAGAUUGUUCUGAGUUUGCCCUUUAACGCGACAGACUACGAGUCUGCUCUACUUGCAGAAUCUGUCUAUGUACAGUAUGAUGCGCUUCGUCUGGAAGUGAGGUAG